CCAUGGAUUCAUGAGAAUGUACUGGGCCAAAAAGAUCCUGGAAUGGACUUCCUCUCCAGAGGAGGCACUCUCUAUUGCAAUUUUCCUCAAUGACCGUUAUUCUUUAGAUGGAUGUGACCCUAACGGAUAUGUUGGUUGCAUGUGGUCCAUUUGUGGAAUACAUGAUAUGGGUUGGGCCGAGAGGCCUGUCUUUGGGAAAAUCCGCUACAUGAACUAUGAUGGAUGCAAACGCAAGUUUGACGUUGCACAAUUUGAAAGGCUGUACAGCAAGAUGGGGCUUUGCAAGGGUGAAGAAGAGGCUCAAGAAGGAGAAGCUCUGUGAUUUCAUGGCAAAAUGCACAUUACUUCAUUUAACAUAAUGUGCCUUACAUCUUUAUUUCUGCAUAUCAUACCAGCAUCUUCUAUGCUUCUGUCCUGCCACAUAUACUGUUAGAUAACAGAAAUGAUAGUUAGAAUUAGGCUGUUCCAGCCAGAAGAAGAGCUAAGGCUAAGAAGAGGUAGUAAU